AUGCCUGCAUUUAACAUAAUCGCCCUAGGUUGUGGUGGCGGCCCUGACGAACAUAACUUAUCUUGUUAUUUAUUCAAGCCACACGAGCAGUCAUGGGAUGAUGGAAUAUUCGCUCUGGAUGCAGGGUCGAGCAUCGGUGCGCUCAAUAAACUGCUUGCAGAGCAGCCUGAGCUCUUCGAUAUGAAACAGAUCACUGGUUCUGUCCAUGUGUCACACUCCGCCUCGGAGGUGUAUUCGUGGAUCCGAAACUUCAUCAUCACCCACGCGCACUUGGACCACGUUAACGGCAUGGUACUAUCUGCGGGCUCCAUGGGCGGGCCUAGCAGGUCAGUCAUAGGGGCUCAUCGUUGUUUGCAGGACAUUGAGAGCAUCUUCUCUGGUCGAAUUUGGCCGAAACUUGCCUCUUGGUCUGAGGCUGAUUCGCUUCCUCUGACGUUGACUCCCCUGCCUGACAAUGAUCAAUAUACGUCGAUAGCUUCUAGCGUCUCCAUCCGCAUGAUGCCUAUCAGCCACGGGCAGCACGAGGGACUAGGAACCUACUGGUCCUCUGCGUUCUUCAUUCGGCAUGACCCCUCGGCGCGCGAGUUCCUCUUCUUCGGCGAUGUCGAGCCAGACAGCAUAGCCGCCGAACCGCGAAACCGGAACGUCUGGCGCAGCGCAGCAGAGAAGAUUCCAGAGCAGCUGAACACCAUCUUCAUAGAGUGCUCGUGGCCAUCGGGCCGUGCAGACGACAGGCUCUACGGGCAUCUCAGUCCCGAACACCUGUGCGCUGAGCUUACAGUGCUUGCAUGCGAGGUGUCUGGGUACAGAAAGCGAGCUCUGGUGUCCCUCGAGCAUGACUACGAGCGGGAGGAGUCCCAUCGUGCCCGCAAGAGACAACGGAAAAGACUUGUGUCGGGGCCGCCGUCCUUGCACGGAGCACUGAACGGAGUUCGUGUGUAUGUGACACACUGCAAGGAGGACAAUCAAGGCGACCACCAACAACCCAUUCACAAGGUGAUUGCCGAUCAGGUGCAGAGAUUGGUGGAUGCGCAGCAACUUGAUGUGGAGAUUAUUGCAGUGGAACAAGGCAUGCAUAUCCUCACUGUAGCAAUAUUGCCCUUGCCUUUCACGCAAGGUGCUCGAGACGUGUACAUUAUCAUCGGUCGUAGCGAUCGUACUGGUAUAUAG